AUGAAGACAUGCCGAUGUGCGUUGAUACAGAUCAUGUCAUGCUGCGAUUGCCAUCCUCAUCCCAUCAUCUUCAUUCGCACUUUCAGCUUCAUCCACCCGUCCAUCCAUCUGUCCGCCUAUCCAGUCCACGCACGAAGCCCCAUCAUCCCCACCUCAUCUCCAGGAUCGCAGCUCCAUGAACCACCACCCACCCACACGCUGGCGACUACCGUGCCUUCAUCCUGGGAGACUAAGCAGGAACAAGCACAGAGCUUCACGGUGCACGAUCGAGCAGCUCAGGUCCGAGCGACGGGAGAGCAACGCCGCCCGAUUUUGGAGAAAGUCUUGGGCUCCCCCGAUUUCACCGGUUCCACCCAAUUCAGACCAGGGAUCGCCCUGACGCUUUUCGGCUGGAGAUUCGAGAAAAACACCAGACCAGGGGCAGGUCAUCAGGGCAAGCUUGGGUGCUUCUUCACCUUUGCCUUCACCUUUGCCUUCGCCUUCGCCUUCGCCUUCGCCUUCUUCUCUUCCUAUCCAUUCCCCUCUCUCACACUUUCGUACACCGUAUCGUCCCUCACCAUUGCCAACCAACCCUGGCCCUCCGUCGACACCGUCGUCUGCCCUUCACCGAAUUUGGUAUCUGAGACUCCGAAGCGGGGCUUGGGACCAUCACCACCAUCACCAUCCUCCGCCCGCCCGCCCAUCUCCUCUAUCUACCUCUCAGGCUCUCCCCUCCCUCUACCUCUCUACCUCUCUACCUCUCUACCUCUCUACCUCUCUACCUCUCUACCUCUCUACCUCUCUACCUCUCUACCUCUCUACCUCUCUACCUCUCUACCUCUCUACCUCUCUACCUCUCAGGCUCUCCCCUCCCUCUACCUCUCUACCUCUCUACCUCUCUACCUCUCUACCUCUCUACCUCUCUACCUCUCUACCUCUCUACCUCUCUACCUCUCUACCUCUCUACCAUCGCUGGAUACCUUCUUCAACCCUUAUCUCGUCUCUCGACUAUGCCAAGGAUUUGGCGAUCCUAUGCGGAGGUCACUAACAAUCUCAGCUCAGAGCAGCUCUCGUCUCGAACCACCAGUUUGCGACCCCCCCCCCCUCUCUGAGAUCGUAACACCCAUCUCGACGCAUCCCGCAAUACCGCAAUCACCCCUCAAACAUCGCGCAUCACGCACCACGUCGCAUCACGCUGCAUCAACAUCCCCUGCCGCUGCCGCUGCCGCUGCCGCCGCCUCCACCUCCGCCGUGAUGGACCGUCGACCCUCGCAGACCAGUGGUCCCCAGACACUCAACACCACACCGCCUCUCGACUGGCCACGAAGUCCGACUUCCGACCCGCAGUCGCCCCAGUCACGAGGAGGCCUCGAGCGCAUUUCCGCUAAUAACCUUCACUCCGCCUUUCGUUCGACCAUCUCGGAGCACACCACCAUCCGUGCCGUGACUCCAGACUUGCCCGACCGCGACCCCAUCUCCCCCUCCACCGCCGCCGCCUACCCCGUCCCCUACGCACCUGUUCAAGAGCCCGCCUCUGCCUCCUCCAGUCUCGCCCGGACCAUGAGCUCCACUUCAUCCCAGACCUCUCCCAGGUCCAUUGCCCGCCCUGGCGACUUCGCGCGGCGCCAGGGCGUCGUGUUCAACGACUUGUCUUUCGGCGCCUCUUACGAUAGCACGUCCUCGAGCCCCCCGCUCAGACAAACUAGCGGCACACUACGCCCCCGGACACACACCAUGGACGGCGCCUUCCGCCAGCAGUUCGUCUCCGCAGCCGUAUCCGCAUCCGCCGCCGCCGCCGCCUCAUCCGCCGCAUCGCCCGAAGGCCGUCACCGGGUCGGCUCCUUCUCCUCUUCCAGCUCUCAGCCCCUCUUCGACGAGGCACGCCACCCCCCGCCGAUACCCAUCGACUCGGUAAGCUACUCGUCCCUGGCCCAGACGAGGUCUUCCGACCUCCACUCCGCGAGCACCGCAGCAGCCCCCAAAGAGAAAAAGCCGUCCAGUUCAACAAGGCGCCUCGUCAAGCGCCAGGCCUCUCGACCGACGUCCCCCCAGCCCACUGUUCCCGCCGUGGACUCGCUGCCGAUUCCCAUCCCGACCGACGAUGCCAACAAAAUGCUGCUUUUGAUGAAGACGUUGUGCGGCCGGAUGCGAGGCGAGAUUGAGUACCAGAACGACGGGACUGGUGCCUGGCAUAGCGGCGUGGGAUACAUCGACGAAGAGAGGGGCGCCCUGAUGGUUGAUACAGGUCACAAUGGCCCUUUCCACCCCAUAUUGAUCCCCGAUCUGCGGGGGUGUCGAGUGUCGCCUGUCGAUCUGUCCGACCCCGAGAAGCGCUGCCUAGCCAUCGUAUCCGCAUCUUCUGCCCCCAACCAGACACCGGCCGAGUUGCUCUUGUAUCCGCUGGUCGCCGUCGAGCGUGAUUUGUGGUUAGCCGCCCUGCUCUGUUGGCAACAGCUCCGACCACCUAAGAUUAGGCUCUCGAAUGUCAACGGAAGCAGGUCGCCGACCAUUGGGGCGAUGCGGCCGGUAGCGAGAAGGCGCGAGUCCGGCGUCCUUCCCCCCAGGCAAACUCCUACUCUGAUCAAGCUGGGCCAGGUCAGGCUAUGGGACAAGGGCCUGGCCACGUCUCCCCGUGCCAUCGUUAAGAGGCCGUCCACACGAGAUUUGCGGUCCCCGGCAACGUCCUGGAGGUUAGUGUCGUGCUUACUGCACGACAACGGCGAGAUCAGGUUGACGACACAUGAUGGCGAUGGUGUCAUUGCCGUUGUCGAGCUGUCCCAGCUGUCCCGGUGCGCCAUCCAACAGCUUGAUGUGUCGGUACUAGACGAACAGCACUGCCUUGCCAUCUUUCCCCGCUACUCUUCUGUCUCCACCCAGCUGUCCAUCUUCCGACCGGUGUACAUAGCUCUCGAGAAUCGCGUACUCCUCGAGGUUUGGUACGUCCUUCUCCGGGCAUUCGCUCUGCCGGAGAUCUAUCACCUGGGUCCGCCGGGAGAAGACCAGCAGGUGGUGGAAGUCCUCGACCUCGAGGCAGACCUGCCCGGAGAGAUAUUCCGGUUGGAGAAGACCAUCAGCAUGCGCGUCACCGAGGCCAAGCUGAAACCGAGGAACGGGCUACAGGAGGCCCCCGCCCAGAACGAACGUCUCGCCAGGGUCGAGGCCGACCCGCUCGUGGGGAGCUAUCUAGCCGAGGUUAUCCUCGACGGCGAGGUUCGCGCGAGGACGCCUGUGAGACGUGCAACGAAAAACCCUUACUGGCGAGAGGAAUACCACUUCGCCGAUUUCCCCUCGGAGAUGCCCUUCUUGUCUAUUCUCCUCAAACGGGUAGAUGGGAAUCCCGAUGCGCUUCACCCGCAGGGCCACCUGGGCUCGGGUUCUUCGAGGUCUGCUACCUCCGUGUCUGAAGCGCCCUACGGGUCGGUGGACAUCACCAUGGAUCAAGUAGAGCAGGGUAAGGAUUUCGAAGGCUGGCUCGAGGUCUACGACGAACGGCAGCAGGUGGUCGGGACCAUGCUAGUCAAGAUCCACCACGACGAGCUCGUCGUCCUUCACUCCAAGGAGUACAAGGGUCUCUCGAGCCUGUUGCACAACUUCCCUUCGGGCCUAACGGCCCAAAUCGCCCAUGCUCUGCCGGGGCAGUUAAGGAGGUUGUCCGAGUUGUUUCUCAACAUCUUUCAGGUGUCGGGACAGGCCAACGACUGGCUGCAGACCCUGAUCGAGGACGAGAUAGACGGAGUCGGAAGCCAAGCGCAGAUCAAAAAGUUUCGCUUCAGCCGCCGUCUGAAGUCCAACGAGUCGCUCGAGUCCACCAGCGACCAGGAGCAGCUCCGCAAGGCGGGCAAAUCCCUGGCCGGCGAAGCGAACCUGCUGUUUAGAGGGAACACGCUGUUGACGCAUGCGCUCGAGUUCCACAUGCGACGUGCGGGCAAGGAGUACCUUGACCAUAUGCUGCAGGCCAAGAUGAACGAAAUCAACGAGCUCAACCCGAAUUGCGAAGUUGACCCCAACAGGCUACGUCCGGGAGAGGAUCUCAGCCAGAAUUGGAACCGGCUCAUCCAGAUGGUCAACGAGGUGUGGCAUUGUAUCAGCCGGGAACCCGGCAAGUGCCCGCCUGAACUGCGGGCUGUCUUGAAAUACGUUCGGUCGGUGGCAGAGGAUCGGUACGGCGACUGGCUUCGGACCGUGGCGUACACGAGCGUGUCGAGCUUCCUUUUCCUUCGCUUCAUCUGCCCUGCGAUUCUGAGCCCCAAGCUCUUUGGUCUCCUGCGGGACCACCCACAACCGCGUGCGCAGCGGACGUUCACACUCAUCGCCAAGGCCCUGCAGGCGCUCGGCAACAUUUCGACUUUCGGCAAGAAAGAGGAAUGGAUGGAACCCAUGAACAAGUUCCUCGCAGCGCAGCGGCAGGCGGUCAAGGAUUACAUGGACGCCAUCUGCGCCAUUCCUACCGAACGGGCCCAGGCCGCGCUUGCGCCGUCGUACUCUACCCCGAUGACCGUCCUCGGGCGGCUCGCCCCCACAGCUCGCGAAGGUUUCCCGGCUCUGCCCCAUCUCAUCGACGAGGCGCGCAACUGCGCUGCGCUCGUCAAGCUUUGGACGGACAUUAAUCCGUUCAACGGGUCGGUCUCCGCCCGUUCUUCCCCUACGAGCGGCGGGGAAGAUGACAUUCUCAUUUUCAACGACAUGUGUAUCGCUCUUCAGAAGCGUGCCGACAGUUGCUAUGCCAAGAUGGAAGCACAGUGCGGUCCCGAUGUCGUCUCGCACCAGUCCGUCUCCGACCUUGCAGAAACCCUCGAUAAGACCACCCUUGACGCCAUCAACGAGUCGUACGGGAGCGUCCCGCCAUCCUCAUCCUCGGACCGCCACACCUACAACGACGGCGGAAUGGCACGACCCCCAGGCUCUGCGGGCAGCGACGUGGCAGCGGCGGAACUCUCUCAGAUAUCGGCACAGCGCAGCCGCGAAUACCGCAGGGGUAGAGAGACGGUCUCGGCGCGGCAUGUGUCUGGUUAUUCGGAAACGACGACGUCGUCGUCCUCGUUACCUCUAUCCACCGGCGGGGGGAACACAUUGAAGCGCAACGGUGGCGGUGGUGGAGGUGGAGGUGGCGGCGGGCGAUCGACGAGGACGAUUCUCUCGGGCAUUAUGAAGCCGUUCGCCAGGGGCGAGUCGCCGGAGAGCGCGUCACCCCGUACGAGGACGGGGAAAAGCACUGAAAGGCCAUGGGACCAGGAGGCUUAGGAGCGGGCGCA